AAAAAGAAAAAAAGUUGGAGGAGGAGGAGAAAGAGCAGAAUGGAAGGAUUCAGGAGACAAGAACGAAAAUUCUCCGUUAGUUAUCGUGUCAGCCUAAACCGCUCCAAUUCCCGCGAAAACCUCCUUCUCUAGUUUCUAUCUUCCAUUUCUCUCUCUUCCAGCUUUUCUAUCUCUUCUCUUCUCUAUCUCUCUGAGAGGUAAUCCGUAAACAGUAAACACUUGCAAUGCCAUGAAGGAAAUUAUCAACGACCACCUAACACUCCUUUUCCAUGUCGACAUCUGCAUCUCCCAAAAUCCCCGACAACCAAGAUCCUCCCGAAACGACGUCGUCAUCUUCGACGUCCACACCAACCAGUUACAAGCUCCGAAAAAUCCCUCCCAUUCCUAUUCGCCGGACGCAUUUCCGCGAAAAUGCAGAAUCUUCUCCUUUUGAUGAUACUGAAGAUGAGAAGGAAGAUGAUGAACUUUCUGAUUUCCCAAAAGAAGGCAAGAAUUCGCCGGUUAUUCUCGCUUCCUCGCUCGGACUCAACCACAUCAAGACGCAGUCUGCUCCGGCUCCUUCGCCUCUUAGGUUUUCUUCCACUGCAGGCAGGCUUUCCAAUCUCCGCAAUAAUAACAACAGCACUGUAAAUAAGGAGGAUCAUGCAGGUGCUUUUAUUGAGUCGACGAAGCUUAAGUGGGCCCUUCCUCUUCAUAGUGUGUCGUCCAUGGACCAAGGAAAAAAGGUUGGAUGGAAUCAAUCCAAAUCAUUAAAAUAUCCAUCACCCGUUCCAGCGUUGGAGAGUAACCAUGCAGCUUUUGCCAAGGAAUUGCAAUCUCCACGUUUCCAGGCAAUACUGCGUGUUACGAGUGGUCGGAAGAAGAAGGCCCCAGAUGUCAAGAGCUUCUCGCACGAGCUCAAUUCUAAAGGAGUCCGCCCUUUUCCUGUUUGGAGGUCUCGGGCAUUCGGGCAUAUGGAGGAAGUUAUGGUGGCAAUCAGGGCAAAAUUCGACAAGUUAAAGGAAGAAGUUGAUUCUGAUUUAGGCAUAUUUGCCGGGGAUUUGGUGAGCAUACUUGAUAAGACCUCGGACUCUCAUCCUGAAUGGAGAGAAAGAUUGGAGGAUUUAUUGAUUGUAGCUCGGCAAUGUUCAAGAAUGCCACCUAACGAAUUCUGGAUUAACUGCGAGGCCAUUGUCCAGAAUCUAGAUGAUAAGCGUCACGAGCUACCAAUGGGGAUCCUCAAACAAGCGCAUACUCGCCUUCUCUUUAUCCUCACCCGAUGCACUAGGCUUCUGCAGUUUCAGAAGGAGAGUGGUUAUAAGGAUGAUCACAUUUUGGGACUCCAUCAACUCAGUGACGUUGGAGUUUAUCCAGAGCAAAUUUUGGAAAUUGCAACACAGGAUUUUAGCGGUGCAUUGGUGGGUGGAAAGUUGGCGAGUGAGAAACAGAGAAAGAAGUCCCAUGGUCAAGAACAAGAACCUCUGGUUUUACAAGAAGAACAAACUGUGGAAGUUAGCACUGCAAAAAGUGUUGACUCAACCACAAGCAGCUACAGGAUGUCAUCUUGGAAGAAAUUCCCAUCAGCUGCCGGGAAAAAUCAGAAGGGCUUUGGCUCCAUCGAUACACCUACCGAGGAUAAAUCAGAACGGCUACAUAUUAAAGACGAAACAAGAACUGUUGGGGAUGACAAUUCUCAAAAUCUUGGAACUCCAGAGCUUGCUGCAUCAGCAAAAAUGUCAAAAGUUUCUUGGGGAUUUUGGGGGGAGCACCAUAACGUUGCAUUCGAUAAUUCAAUGAUAUGUCGUAUUUGUGAGGUCGAAAUACCAAUAGUACAUGUAGAAGAGCACUCUAUGAUAUGUACAAUUGCUGAUCGAUGUGACUUGAAAGGCUUAACUAUAAAUGAACGACUUGAAAGAGUUGCAGAGACACUUGAUAAGAUACUGGAAUCAUGGGCACCAAAAAGCUCUGAUACACCAACAAGGAGUCCUGGGGCUGUAAAAUUGUCAAGGUUAGGUAUGCACGAGGACAUAGAUGAGUUAUCACCAAAAGAAAACAGAUAUUCUCGUCAAUGCUCUGAAGACACGCUUGAUGUCAUGCAUGAACCUGAUAAUGCUUUGAUCAUGGAAGAACUGAAUGUUUUAUCAGAAAUUUCAUAUGAAGCACGUUCCCCUUUGACAGCUGAUUUAGACACAAAAACUUCAUCAGCGGGAAGCUUGACGCCACGGUCACCAUUAUUAACUCCAAGGACCAGCCAGAUUGAAUUGUUACUGAGCAGACGGAGGACAAUGACUGAACUUGAGAAUAACCAGCAGAUAACCAAGCUACUGGCUAUAGCCCGUUGUGUUGCAAAUGUAAAUGACAGUGACUACAGUUCAUUGGAGUCUAUGCUUGACCGCUUGGAUGACCUGAAAUAUGCCAUCCAGGAUAGAAAGGUGGAUGCCCUCAUUGUGGAGACUUUUGGAAGGCGCAUAGAGAAAUUGUUACAGGAGAAAUAUGUGCAUCUUUGUGCACAGAUAGAUGAUGAAAAUUUUGACUCAUCAAAUCAUAUGGCUGAUGAAGAGAGUUCUGUGGAAGAUGAUGGGGUUCAAAGUCUGCGUGCGAGCCCUAUGAAUCCAUAUUCUAAGGAUAGAACUUCUAUUGAAGAUUUUGAAAUAAUAAAACCAAUCAGCAGAGGGGCAUUUGGACGGGUUUUCCUUGCCAGAAAAAGAGCAACCGGUGAUUUGUUUGCUAUAAAGGUUUUAAAGAAGGCCGAUAUGAUCCGUAAAAAUGCAGUUGAAAGUAUUUUGGCAGAGCGUAACAUACUUAUAUCAGUUCGAAAUCCUUUUGUGGUACGGUUUUUCUACUCCUUCACUUGUAGGGAAAAUCUUUACCUGGUGAUGGAGUAUCUAAAUGGUGGAGAUCUAUACUCAUUAUUGAGAAACUUGGGCUGCUUGGAUGAAGACAUGGCCCGUAUAUAUAUUGCAGAAGUUGUUCUUGCUUUGGAGUAUUUGCACUCUUUAAAUGUCAUUCAUAGAGACUUGAAGCCAGACAACUUGUUGAUUGGUCAAGAUGGUCACAUCAAGUUGACAGAUUUUGGGCUCUCGAAGGUUGGACUUAUCAACAGCACGGAGGACUUAUCUGGCCCAUCAUUUAAUACUUCUGCUUUUCUUGAUGACGAUGAAACCAAAAACCAAAAUUCAUCAGAAAGAGAACAGCGGCAAAAGCAUUCAGUUGUUGGGACUCCUGAUUAUUUGGCACCUGAGAUACUUCUUGGCAUGGGACAUGGUGCAACUGCUGAUUGGUGGUCGGUGGGCGUUAUUCUUUUUGAGCUGCUUGUUGGGAUUCCACCUUUCAAUGCAGAAACUCCACAGCAAAUUUUUGACAAUAUAAUGAAUAGAGACAUACCUUGGCCCAGGGUACCUGAGGAGAUGAGUUGUGAAGCCUAUGAUUUGAUCGACGGGUUUUUGACUGAAAAUCCUGUUCAAAGGCUUGGAGCAACAGGAGCCAAAGAGGUGAAGCAACACCCUUUCUUUGGUGACAUUAACUGGGACACACUUGCAAGGCAAAAGGCUAUGUUCAUACCAUCAGCAGAGGCACAAGAUACAAGUUAUUUUAUGAGCCGAUACAUAUGGAAUCCAGAGGGUGAAAAUUUUCAGGGAGGCAGUGACUUUGAUGAAUUAACUGACUCAUGCAGCACGGGGUCAUUCAGCAAUAGCCAUGAUGAGGAUGGGGAUGAAUGUGGUAGUUUGGCAGAUUUCAAUGCUCCCACACUUGCUGUGAAGUAUUCGUUCAGUAAUUUUUCAUUUAAGAACUUGUCUCAGCUGGCUUCUAUCAAUUAUGAUAUGGUGAUUAAGAGCGCCAAGGAAGCAGCAGAUGCGUCCAAACCCUCCGUUCCUUGAUGACUCUUCGUGAUUGCUUUAGCACCUACUAGAUAUUUGUUUUUCAUUGCACGGUCAAUUUUAAUCUUGAUUCUCUGAUUGUGAGGAAAAAAUUUUCAACCUGAAAUUUUCAUGAAGACACUUUCCUAGAACAGCAGUCGAUCUCCUUGGGGAAAAACAAAAGAAGCUAAGUGGCUGUCAGGAAAGCUCGUUGUCCAGCUUUACAAGAAUGGUCAGUCAAAUUUUCUUAUGACACCUUCACUACAGAAAGUGGAACUUUAUUUCUACAGUCAACAGAUCAUGUACAUUUUUCUGAUUUUGACCCAGCAGCUUUUGUGUAUAUAUAUAUAUAGAGCUUAAAAUUGAUGAGUUUAUUCUA